AUGGCGGAGCUAAUACGGCACCAUCCGCACCAUGACCCGGUCCUGGGCGAGGUUCCCGUGCCACACGGCCCCGAGACGGGCGGCGAGCAUGACCAUUACCCGCGCCGCCCCGUCAAGGGAGACCCUGAGUCUGAGCAAAGCAUCUUCGCCUACCUGACGCACCCGGACGACAGCUACACCCCCGAGGGUAUCUACUGGGCCGAUCUGCCCCUUCGCCAGCGCGUCUCCUUUGUCAACAAGGUCCAGAAUGAAGAGGCCAUGAAUGAGCUGCGCACCAUUGGCCGCAUGAUCAAGAAGGACCCCUUGAGUCCGCUCUCGUGGUACUUCCGCAACGCCGUGCUGCCCGGCGCCGGCCUCGGCCUCGAGGGUUACGUCCUGUUCAGCAUCGGCAACCUCACACCCCUGUUCUCCGCCGUCUGGCCUACGUGCUGGGGUAAGACGCCUACCGACUGCAGCGAGAACUGGGUCGCCUCGGUCACCUACCUCGAGGUCAUUGGUAUCAUGGUCGGCCAGCUCGGCGUUGGCGUCAUCGGCGAUUGGAUCGGCCGCCGCUGGGGCCUGAUCCAGGACGCCGCCAUCAUGUUUAUCGGCCUACUCAUGCUCACUGCCAGCUGGGGCCUGAACCUGAAUGGCUGGGUCAUCUGUUAUGCCUGGUCUUUGUUCUUCUAUGGCUUUGGCGUCGGUGGUGAAUACCCCAUUACCGCAACGUCGUCGAUGGAGAAUGCUGUAACAGCUGGCAAGCUGUCCACUCGCGAGGACCGCCUGCACCGCGGACGCAAGGUCACAAUGUCCUUCUUGAUGCAGGGCUGGGGUCAGCUGAUCAACCAAGGCUUGCUCAUCAUCCUCCUUCUGAUUCUUCACCACGGCGACGGAGACCCGCCAUACAGUGACACUACUGUGCAGUGGGUCUUCAGACUUUCGUUUGCCAUUCCCGCCAUCGGAACCCUCUGGCUCGUCUACUUCCGCACGUACAAGAUGCCCCAUGCCAGCCGACAGCUUGCGGCUGCCAAGAAGAAGAAUAACGUCACUGGCUACGACUUGGAAUCUCUCAAGAUGUGCUACACCCACUUUGGUGGCCGCCUGUUUGCCGCUGCCGGCGGUUGGUUCUGCAACGACGUCUUCUUUUACGGCAACAAGCUCUUCCAGUCGCAGUUUAUCGCUGUCAUCAGCAACAAUCCGAAAUCAGUCAUGGUCGGCUGGGUUUGGAACCUGCUGAACGUCAUUGUCUCGCUCCUUGGCUAUUAUUUAGCCUCUUUCAUGAUCGACAAUAAGUUUUACGGCCGCAAGAUGAUGCAGCAGGUCGGGUUCCUCAUGUGCUUCAUCUUUUUUGUCGUGCCUGCCUUCAAGUACGACUACUACACUUCGCCCGCUGGCAUAAAGUCCUUCCAGGCCAUGUAUUUCCUUUCGAGUUUCUUCAACCAGUUUGGACCCAACAGCGUCACCUUCCUCGUUGCCGGCGAGAUCUUCCCCACCCCGGUCCGCGCUUCGGCCCACGGCUUUAGUGCUUGCAUUGGCAAGGCCGGCGCGCUCCUCGCCUCGGUUCUCUACAAUUACAUCGACACGCAGACAAAGUUCUACGUGGUGCCGUGGUUCGGCCUGGCGGGCAUGGUGAUUACUUGGCUGUUCCUGCCCGACACGACGGGUCUUGACCUUAAGGAGCAAGAGCGUCGGUGGUUCUACAUUCGCUCCGGGCGCGGCGACGAGUACCACGGCAUCGCCGUUCACCCGGUACAUCUGUCGCUGUGGGAGCGCAUGCGUGGUGCCGGCAAGAAUUACAACCCGGAGCUGGACCAGAAGCAGAGAAUCGAGGACAUGCGGGAGGAGUGGGCCGGAAAGGAGCGCUCGCGCCGUGAUAAGGAGGUUAGCGGCGAUGCUAGCGGCACAGCCGACCUUGACGACGACGAUGAUUGGAGCGACGCAGUCAACCACUAUUUCCGCAACACCACGUCGGACGACAAGCUGAAGAUGCAGCCUGGUACCGAAUCCAACAGCGAGAAGGGCGUCUCUAACGAGGAGGCCGGCGACAAGAUUGGGAAUGCUUGA